AUGGACGACCUCGACGAGGGCCACCAGCCCGCUUCCCGCCCGCCCACAGCACACAGAUUCGACCAAGAAGACAAGGAUACUGCAUCCUCCCCGCCCAAACCGAACCCCGACGACAAGCGCACCACCGUGGACGCCAACUCGCUCGAACCCGGAAACAUACCCCUUCUCCGUCCGCCCGCCCCCCGUGCCCCGGAGAGCAGCUACCUCGAGAGCCCGAGUCUGAACCGGGGACACUCUGAUUCGCAAGCCGAAAUUAUUGUACGCGAGCACCUGCAAGACAUUGAGUCGAGCUUUUCCGCCCCAAUAUCGCCCUUACCAACCUCCAACAAUGGCCUCGACGACACUUUCGUCUUCGACUCACCAACGAAACAGCCCGCCCCCCCGCGGCCCGCACAGGAUCCAGACGAGUCUACGGAGUCCGCCGACCAGUCACAGGUGCUGCGCACGCUGAGCCGCUUUUCGGCCGAGGACUCGCUCCUACAUCCUGACUCCAAUGCUUCCGUCUCGCAAGACAGUCGGGAGCACAGCCAAGAAAGAGCCUCCGCCGACGUAGGGCACACUCCGGGCCAAGCCCUCAAAACCGCCAAGCGGCCCAAAUACCUGCGCAGCCGAAUCGGCGACCAGCGCUCUUCGGUCUCGUCGUUCGUCACAGACCCAGAUAGUGAUGUUACCGUGGGAACAGGGGCCGACUAUGCGCUCCAGUCUGGCGGCGCUGCGCCGUCCCUGGGAACGUCGCGUAGCUUCAAUAACGCCCUGUCCAGGUCCAUUAGCAUGGGAAGCAUGGCAAGCGGGAUUGAGGAUCUCCAUGACUCGUCCGGGCCUGCUUUUGGUCAACUUGAGACUCUGGAUGAGGUUGAUGGCAGCAUGUCUCCGCAGCCCGAGGCACGCCGUGACCACCACGUCCGCCCCAUUCUUCAAACCCCGAGACCAACCAAGACUACAGCUCUCGACGCCCCGACAGAUACCGUGAUCGCCCGCCAUGUCAGGGACGUACAGGUCCCGGAGUCGUUGGCCAAAGAGUACAAGAACAGGGGCGGCUUGGUAACGCCAGCGCGGCCCGGGACUUCGUCUGACGCGGCAGCUUUCGGAGCCUCGACUGCGAGUCGGCACGGCAGGAGCCUGACCCUCAAAGAGCAGAGCAGCACCAUCGAGCGCCUGAGCAAGGAGAACUUCGAUCUGAAGCUCAAGGUCAUGUUUUUGAGCGACCGUCUGGACAAGCUCUCUGAAGAAGGUAUUAAGGAGAUGAUCUCAGAGAAUGUGGAGCUCAAAACAGGCCUGGCGGUGCUGCAGCGUGACAACAAAGUUCUGCGCCGACGAGUUAAGGAACUCGAGAAGCAGCUUAAGGACGAGGAGGAACGCCCGGGGACAGCGAGAAGCACGCAGUCGGAGGACGAGCAGAGCGCGGCUUACGACCAGGAAGCGCAAGAAAGAGAGGAGGAGCUGAUUUACCUGAGGGAGCAACUAGAAGAGUACGCCACCGAGAUCGAGCGCCUCAGGAAUGAGAACAUGAACAAAGAAGCCGAGAAACGGCGCAUGGCUGAGGUGGUGCGGACGCUCGGAGAAAGGACGGGCGAGCGGCUAGGCGAAGACCUCGACCGGCAGGAGGAGGCGGAUGUUUGGAAAGACCUGCUCGAACGGGAGACAGCCAGAAGGGAACAGGCUGACGAAGACAACCGGUGUCUCCGUGAUGAGGUUUUCCGCUUGAAGCAGGAGCUCGCGGCACAGUCGGCGACGGGACCGUUGCACCACACCACAAACAUCUACAACAUCACCAAGAAAUCUCCACAUCGGCCGCUGGAUUCUGCCUCCAGAGUUGGGACAUCGGUCUCGGGGGAGCCAGACGGAAACGGAACAAUCAUCACCGUCAGUAGUACAUUGGUUGAGGAACUGCGCCGAGAAAGCGAGCAGCUCCGCCACGAAAACGCCGAGCUCCGGCGCGAAGUAGGAGCCCAGACGUCUAUGCUGACGUCGAGGAACCGCGAGAAGGAGCGGCUGUACCAGGAGAUUGAAGAUCUCAAGAUGGCACAGCGGCGAGGAGCCCCAGCGCCUUCUACCAUUGAUAGCCUGCUGGAGCGGUCCGCUUCCCGCGCUGGCGUGCACGAGCGCUCGCAAUCUCGGGCCAGUGGGCGCACCGGCGUAACGGGCACCGCAGUGGAUGACGCCGAAAUCGAAGAGAUGGAGAAUAAGAUGGCCGAGCUGCGCGAUAAGAACAACGACCUCAAGCUGCAGAACCAGGACCUCCAACGAGAAUUGAACGCCUGUAUGGAGGACUUCGAGGCAGCCGUGGAGGCCAAGAAACAGGCCGAGGAGCUUGCCGCUGCUCUUCAGGAGGAACUAGACACAGCCAUGAACGAUCUGAUGGCUCUGCAGGCUGAGCGGGACGAGGCGCUGCAGGAACAUGCCAACCUCGAGAACGAGUUCGAGGCUUUGAGGAAAGAAGCUCAAGAGGAGAUUGACGCGCUCGAGGGCGAGGCAGACCAGCGCACUACGGAAAUUGAGCGGCUGCAGCUCGACCUCAACGACCGCACGGAAAGCUUCGAUGCCCUCCAAGCCGAGAUGCGCAAGAUGAGCGAAGGUCUCGUGAGACUGGAGGACGAACAGGAGACCAAGCUGCGCAGGAUACAACAGCUCGAACAGGAACUCGCCGACGCCAACAAGGAGCUGGAGGACCUGGAAAACAAGCUCCGCGAGGCGAACGAUAAGGCGCAACGCCUUUCUGUGCAGCAAGAAUCAAGCCAGGGCGAGAUUGCCUUCUUGCGGGAGGAGCAAGAGACCGACAAGAUCCGGAUCGGCGACCUCGAGGCCGCGCUUGCGAAUGCUGAGCAGUCUCUGCGGGAGGAGAAGGACCAGGCGAAGGAGCUGGAGCAGAGGCUUGCCAACGAGAGGAGGCAGCGCGAGAUCGUGGCGAACAGAGAGAAGGAGGAGGUGCAACAGUUUGUGAACGAGCUGAAUCGGGAAGCGUCGGCCGCCAAGGACGAGGCCAGGAGGCUGCGGAAGAGCCUCACAAGCCGCGAGGUUGAGGCGACCGAGUGGAAGGAGAGGCUGCUCGAGCUGGAGAAUAACCUGCGCGAGGCGCUGGGCGACUUGAACGGCACGAGAUCAAGCCUGCUUAAGACCAUGGUUGGCAACUUCCAGAGCAAGAUCAAGAGCGUCGAAAAGGACCUCUGGAGAGAGUACCAAACCCUCGAAAACCACCUCGACCAGCGCACUAAAAAGCUUGAGCGUCUCGAGGCCAUCGUCCGGAACAGCAUUGGCGCCGGUCAGCUCAAUCCGUCACCCCACAGCUUCACCGAGACGCAGGCUCGGCUCGCCCGGCUUGAAGAUGCCUACCGUCAGCUCAAGGUGGAGAAUCACACUCUCCGCGCGGCGGCCGAGGCCCGACGGGCAGCACAUGCAGACCGCCACGGACUGGCUUCUCCUGACGGCAGUCCGUCCCCUCUAGUUCCGACGGGGCCCAAGGCAAAGGCCAGUAAUAGCAAGAUUCCCAAGUCGAGCAGCAAGAGCAGCGGGCUGGGGGAUGUGCCUACCCCGACGAGGAGCGUUACUAAGAGUGGCACGGGUGGAGGUGGAAGCGGGGUUAGCACCGGUAUGGAGAGCAAGUGGAUGCUCCGCCUGCGCGACCUCGAGUACAAGCUCAAAGCCGAGCGCGAAGGGCGGAUCCUGGACCGGAAGGAGGCCCUGAAGCGGAUCGACACGAUCGAGAGCGAGAACGCCGAGCUGAGGGAGAAGCAGGAGCGAGAGCGGGAGAGGAGGCGGAUGGGGAGGUAG